AUUUCCUAUACACAGUUAAACAGCUAUUGGAGAAUGGUGUGGACCCUAACAUGGGAAACGAGGAUGGACUGACAGCCUUACAUCAGUCAUGUAUAGAUAACAAUGAGGCGAUGAUGAGGAUACUGGUAGAUAAAGGAGCCGAUGUCAACGUAACAGACAGGGAGUUAUGGACACCACUUCAUGCCGCAUCAACAUGUGGACACAGACAUCUCGCACAAUUCCUUAUCCAAAGAGGAGCACAUCUCUUAGCAAUCAACUCUGACGGUAACAUGCCUUAUGACAUAUGCGAAGAUGAAGGCACGCUGGACUACAUUGAGUCACAGAUGGCAACGCAAGGUAUUACGCAAGAGCAAAUCGAUGAACUCAGAGAAAUUGUCCCGAACCGAAUGCUUCAUGGCAUGCAGGAGAUCUACAAGAAUGGAGGAGACCUCGAGAGCAGAGAUGUUGUAGGGGCUACACCUCUCCAUGUUGCCGUAGCCAAUGGUUACGAGAAGGUGGUGCAGUACUUGCUAAGUCACAACGUAGACUAUGCAGCACGAGACAAUGACGGCUGGCAACCUAUACACGCAGCAGUAUGCUGGGCACAGACUGAAAUCAUCACCAUGCUAGUAGAAUCAGGAGCAGACUUAGAUGCAAGAACUAAUAAUGAUGAAACACCAUUAAGUAUUUGCGAAGAUGAUGAGAUCAGGAGUCUAAUUCACCAGCUGAAACAGGAGAUCCAAUCCAACCGCAUUAGACCCUCGGGAGGCCUUGUUAGGAGAAGUUCCAGUCGAAAAGGGAGAGGGUCAUCGAUAAGGAGAAGCAGUAAACGAGAGAAGGGUGAGAUGAGGAAGCUAGAUGCCAAAGGGGAAGCAGCCUACAUGCAGUCUAAAACAGAGCGCAUAGCGACUGUGGUGGAAUUAGAAAACUCUUCCGAUAGCAGCCCAGUUACAAAUAUUGACGAUGUUAAGGUCUCAGAAGAAACAAAUGGACACAUAGAACAAAGUGGUGAAGAGAUCACAGAAGGGGGUGAAAACGGCGAGGAGGAUGGUCGGGUCACCCCUCUGCCUGUCAUCACAGAGGAACUUUCAGACCCUGAGAGUCCAAGGAACAAAAAGAAUGGGGAUUUGGGCGGGGACGCGAUGCAGAAGAACGGCAGGACGGACAGCGGUGACUUCGAGGAUACCUUCGAUGAAGGGCCGUCGCAUCAGAAGCGGUUAGUUUCGAUCCUGAAGAAGCGACCGGAAGACCCCUCCAUCACGAGCCAGAAGAGCAAGAAGGAACAGAAGGAGGAGAAGGAGAAGAUCAAACGAGAGCAGAAGGAGAAGGAGAAGCAGGAGAAGCAGAAGCUGAAGGAGGAGAAAGCACAGAAGAAGAAGGAGGAGGAGCAGAGGAAGAGGGAGGAGAUGAUGAGGAAGGAGAACGCUAAACCCGCCAGUCCGUCUGGAGACGGUAUGGAGAUGGACAAACAGUACUCAAGCACUGGAGAAACUCUGGCUGAUCUUAAGAAGCAAAGGGCUAGUCAACAUGGAGCACCCUCUGCAGGAGGAGACAGCAAUGCAGAACCAGCCGAUAGCAAACCCUCCACUGCGUCUUCGCCCAAAGAGAAAUCCAACACCAAGUCCAAGGGACUCCACAGCAAGCUACGCUUUCCACGUCCCGCCACGCGCUACGAGUUCAACGCCCCGAGCAACCAGGGCCAGAACGGCGAGGUCGCGCUCGACGACGGCUCCAAGGCCUCCCCAUCCCCGGGGGAAAUCAAGAGGUUUUCGGGAGGCGUGACGGAAGUGAUGGGCCCCGAUGACCAUAACAGCAAUUGUUGUAUCAUCAGUUAGAAUUAUCACAAACCCUGCUUUGAAUGUUGUGGUUACUUUAUAUGAAUAUAUAUUUUUAGAUAUUUUGUUCCGGGGAAUCAAUUUUUUUCCAGUUUAUAUUGGACGAGAUGGAAAGAAUGUAGUGAUCAAGGCAGAAAUAGAGAACAAAGUUGAUGAGACUUUGACAUUGAAUUUGUUGACAUUAAGAAUGUAAACCUGGCCAUAUGAAUAUAACUUGCUUUUCGGUGAUGACUUAAUUUUAUUCCAAAAUGUCAAAUUUGUUAAAACAUUGUUACAAUCUAGGUGCAUUUUUAAGUGAGAUAAUUAUGUGAGAAUGAAAUGAAAGCUAUUGAACUUAAUUGCUGAUAACAAUCUAGUUACCAUUUAAAAGCUAUCAAAAGUAUAACGGCGGAUGAUCGCGACAUGCUAUACACAGCUCAUACAGUUUGUGUGUAUGCCAAUGAUAUCAAAGUGGAGAUGGUGAUGAGCUCAAACUUCACGUUUUUUUACUACAUGCACGAUUUUGGAAAAAAAAUUUACAAGCGGCUUUAACAAAAAUGAAGAACAAAAAUGCCACACCCUCUGCACCAAAUAAGGCAUGGCUGUUGUAAAGUGCCAUGAGAGAUAUUUAUUACUUUUGCUUUCUAGAAAUUGACCAAAACUUAUUCAAGUAAACACAACAUCAGGUAAUUCCUGCUCUUAUUCAUACAUUCACCAUAUUUCUUACAUUCCGUUUUUGAAUAAUUUUCUACAACUCUUGUCUGUUUCAUUGGAGGCUGGCUCAAUCGAUAUAAUGCAACGUCAUAUUCUGGGACGAGACCCUGUAUAUGUUUUGUAUCAAAACUGUUGAUAAUGGUAAUAUUAUUGAGGAUUUAUACAAUUAAACCAAAUAAGGAGGAUAACAAAAACUGCACUGAUUACUAUUUUUAGGUAUAUGCAUAAUACAUAAAAUAUGGAUAAUACAUUCCACCGUACAGGUUGUAUUUGCAAAGAAACAAAUACACAGUUACCGGUAUGUACAGUAAUUGAAAAUCAAUUAGAAAUUAUCUGAGAAUUUCCAUCUCUCAUAAAAAUCUUGUUUGAAAUGAUAUAUUCUUCAAAUAAGUAGGACAAUGACGGAAUUUAAAAAGGGAAAAGCUGGGUGCAAUACGGGCUGGACAUGACAAUAAGUAAAAUUACAACAAAUUAUGAAUACUUCAAUUGAUAAAACACAUUUUUUACGUUCAUUUAGUUUAAGAGAGGCAGA